AUGGCUUAUGAUCGACUCACUGGUCAGCCUGCCCCUAAGCAGAGUACAUCCUUUGACGGUACAAUGUACGAUCUAGGCUGGGAUGGUUUGAAAGAUGAUUCAAUUUCAGAAGAGCCGCUACUUCCUUCGAUGGACCAUGCUCUUUACUUGAUCAACGCUGUGAAAUUUUACAGUGGUCAAAUGUUUCAUCUGUUUGAUGAACGGACUUUCAUGCUGAAGUUCACUGAGUUCAGUGAAGAAACAGGUAACGUACCAAAGUCCGCGGGACUUUGGUACGUCCACUACCUCAUACUACUUGCCUUUGGUAAAGUAUUCGUCUCUCGCCAAAAUGAUGAUCGAAGGCCUCGUGGGGCAGAAUACUUCGUCCACGCAAUGAAAAUAAUGCCGGAGGUCACUUUUCUUCUUACACAACCCGUUCAAGCCGUUGAAGUACUCUGCUGCAAGGCGCUUUACCUUCAAUGUCUAGAUUUUCGGUCAGCGGCUUAUACUGUGAUUGGCGAAGCCCUAAGGAUAGCGCUUGCAGAAGGAAUGCAUACAAAUAUGCAGGACGAUGGCCUGGACCAGGAGUAUGUUCAAAGAUGCCGUAAUGUGUGGUGGACAGUCUACAUCCUUGAUAGGCAGAUGUCAACAUUAAUGGGAGUACCGGUAGGGCUGAAAGAUGACGAUAUCAGCGCCUCAUUUCCGACUUCAUCCACGUCAUCACAAAAAAGUCUGGCAUUGGAAUUAAAUGUUAAGCUCUCGGGUAUAUUAUCCCAGAUCAUGAACACUGUAUACGGUACGGAAGGACGCUUGAACAAGAAGUUCAUUCAUAGCACCAAGAACGCUCUGAAGGCCACUGCCGAAGUGACUAGUCAACUGAAAAGCUCGUUUGAUCUUCCUGCCACAGGAGCCGUUGCAGGGAUCUCACGCUUAUCAGCUCAUUUGCACCUCUUACAUCAUCAGUGUGUUGUUCUCGCCAUCCGACCGUUGUUGUUCAGCCUACUGAAGAAAAGGCUCGAUAGAGCCGAUGACGUACAAAAUCUAAUUUCCCCAUCUGGUAGCACAAGAGCCUUGUUACAUAUGGGAAUUGAGUCCGCUCAGCACAUUGUAGCCGUUCUUGAGAGAUUGAAAGCGCAAAGCCUUCUCGAAAGCUUCAUGCCAUUUGAUCUUGAGGCUGCAUUUACAGGUGGCAUGACGUUGCUUCUAGCGCCUUUUGUGGGCGCAGAGCUGCUUGUAACUCCUCAGCCGUGGCUUGACAUGGUAUACGGCGUUCUAGAUGAACUCACACGGCAAGGACACCUUCAAGCCGUUGCCCGGAAAAAUGAAAUGCAGCAGUUGCAACAAAUCUUUCGCCAAUCACCCAACUUUACGGACCAGACCAUGAACAGUCUGGAUCAUGAUGACCGCGGUGUAAACGCAGAGCAGCAGGUAAAUACUCUAUUUGGAAGUACAAACGAAGACGCAAGUAUAGCUGGUCCGAACUUUGGCUACAAUUUUUUCGAUGAUACUAUGUGGCCAACUACUUUCACCGCUGACCAAUUGAUGACAGUGGUGGAAGGUUUAGAUCUUGACGGCAUCGAGGACAUAACUACAGGCUCUGCGACCUAG